AUGUCGGUGGAAAUUGGCAAUCAAGAGGUGUUGGCUUUCAGAGGAACUGAGCAAGGACAGGCCCCUCCCCAGACCUUCCUCUCUGCUGGCCUCGGGGUACUUGCCCCCUCAGAGACCUACACACUGCCCGUGACCAGCUCCAGCUGGGAGCCCCAGCCAGACUCCAUGAUACCAUCAGGCCCUUCCACCGGUUCCACAGGGGCCCCAGCGGUGGCCGAGGCCACCGAGCAGGGCCCCAAGAAUCCCCGCGUGUCCAGCGUGACGGUUCAGCUGGAGAUGAAGGCUCUGUGGGAAGAGUUCAACCAUCUGGGCACAGAGAUGAUCGUCACCAAGGCGGGCAGGAGGAUGUUCCCCACCUUCCAGGUGAAGAUCCUGGGCAUGGACACGCUGGCUGACUACGCCCUGCUCAUGGAUUUCGUGCCUUUGGAUGACAAGAGAUACAGGUAUGCCUUCCACAGCUCUGCCUGGCUGGUGGCAGGCAAGGCGGACCCGGCCACGCCCGGCCGCGUGCACUUCCACCCCGACUCGCCGGCCAAGGGCGCACAGUGGAUGCGUCAGAUCGUGUCCUUCGACAAGCUCAAGCUGACCAACAACCUACUGGAUGACAAUGGCCACAUCAUCCUCAACUCCAUGCAUCGCUACCAGCCACGCUUCCACGUGGUUUUUGUGGACCCACGCAAAGACAGCGAGCGCUAUGCCCAGGAGAACUUCAAGUCCUUCAUCUUCACGGAGACCCAGUUCACGGCCGUCACAGCGUAUCAGAACCACCGGAUCACCCAGCUGAAAAUUGCCAGCAACCCAUUUGCCAAGGGCUUUCGGGAGAGUGACCCAGACUCCUGGCCUAUAUCUCCACGGCCCCUGCUCAGCAUCCCGACCUGGAGUCGCAGCAGCCUCGGCCCCUGUCUGCUGAAAGGCUCCAAUGAGCGAGAGAAAGACCCCAACAAAGCCUUCACCGCCAGGACCCCCGCCAGGCUCCACCAUCAGCUGCUGGCCCCCACUGAGGCUCUGCUGGCCCCAGCCACCUACCCGCCCCUCACCUACCAGGGCCUGUACCCUGGAGCCUCAAGCCCCGUCCAACCAAGGGCCCGACCGACACCAUACCCCCUCCCCAAUAUCCAGGCCGAUAGGGACCAGGGGGGCCUGCCCCUCCCAGCGGGGCAGGGGCUCCUCUCCCCCAUUGCAAUGUGCCUGGGGCCUGGCCAGGACCUGCAGUGA